AUGAUUCUAAAGGACAAUUGCUCCUCAUUUUGUCUCUUCUGGCUAUUACUACCACCAAUACCGCUUGCUCAAGCAAGCAACCGCAUCCAUGACCAAUCACCGCUCUCGCAAGACCCAAUUUCAGAAGUGAUAUCCGCCUCACCUCUACUCUCAUUCCACCGCUCUCUAUGCCAAACCGAGUCCAUCAGCAACAACGAGAAUGCAGUAGGCAACUACCUCUUCUCGUAUCUUAAGAAGCAUCACUUCCAUGUCUUGCGCCAAGAAGUGCCUCAGCCAGCGGACUCGACGGACAAGAAGAAACGAUUCAACGUCUUCGCGUGGCCGAAGGCAGAUAUCAAUGCGUCUACGCCCAUCCUUGAUCUGGUAGACGAAGAAAAGGAUGAUGUCCUGGGUGACUUCGUCCCCAAAGUCAUUCUGACAUCUCACAUCGAUACUGUACCGCCCUUUAUACCUUACUCUACAUCUAUUCCUCCAUCAUCAUUACCAGGAGAAGAAGAGGAAGAAGCAUUCAACCGAUCCGCCAUCCUCCUCUCCGGCCGCGGCACCGUCGACGCCAAAGCAUGCGUCGCGGCUCAGACCCAUGCCGUGCUAGACCUCCUCUCUUCACCACUGGCACCCAAUUUGCAGCAGCAGCAGCCGCCGCCGUCAUUUCCUGCCAACACUGAGCAUGAAAUCCCAACUCUUCCCACCUCUCUUCCGGUAGCCCUCCUCUUCGUCGUCGGCGAAGAAACAACCGGCUCGGGGAUGAAAACCUUCUCCUCCUCCGCGCUGCACCGCUCACUCUCCCACCCUCCAAACCCACCCGACCGACCGCGCCGUAAAGCAUAUUCGACCCUCAUCUUCGGCGAACCCACCCAAUCGCGCCUCCCAUCGGGCCACAAAGGCAUCCUCGUCUUCCGCAUCCUCGCGCACGGAAAGGCCGCCCAUUCCGGCUACCCCUGGCUCGGACGCAGCGCCAACAGCCUCAUCAUCCCCGUGCUAGCCGCCAUGGAUGGACUGGGAGAUGUGUCGGAGGAAGCCGGCGGACUGCCGCGGAGCGCAAAGUACGGCGCCAGCACCGUAAACGUUGGAUUGAUCCGGGGCGGGGUCGCCGCGAACGUGGUGCCGGAACGCGCCGAGGCGAGCGUUGCUGUGCGGCUGGCUGGCGGCUACCCGCCCAUCGAUCUCGAUGCGGAUGUAGACGGGUUCGGGGAGAGUGAGACGGUCAAUUACGGGACGGAUGUUCCGAAUCUGGAUCUGGGAAGUAGAAGCGGGCAGGUCAAGAGGUAUCUGUAUGGUCCCGGCAGUAUCUUGGUGGCGCAUGGCGAUCACGAGGGCCUCACAGUAGGAGAACUAGAGGGUGCGGUGGCCGGGUAUAGGAGGUUGAUUCUGGCUGCGCUCGAGCGAUGA